UGCGCAGUGUUGUCACUUUUUAAGGAGGUGCGGUUCAGGUUUUAUCCGCUGUGAUGACCGCGCUCUGUUAAGCGUGUUAUGUUUACCGUUAGCGGGUCUCUUGUCUAGUCACGGUUCAGUUUAGUUGUUUAUUUUUGCUAUGCACGGUCUUGCCUGGCUGCUCGUGGCCCUGUCAUGCAGCGGUCCGACCCGCGGGUACUUCUCGGAGGAGCGUUGGAGCCCCGAGUCUCCGCUGCUGGCUCCCCGGGUCCUAGUCGCUCUCAUCUGUAGAAACUCGGAGCACUCUCUGCCUUAUUUCCUCGGUACCAUUGACCGGCUAAACUAUCCCAAGGACAGAAUGGCGUUGUGGGUGGCCACUGAUCAUAAUGAAGACAACACUACAGAUAUUCUACGUGAAUGGCUCACCAAAGUCCAAAACUUGUACCAUUAUGUGGAGUGGAGACCCAAAGAAGAGCCACAAUUUUAUGAUGAUGAAGAGGAUGGGCCAAAGCAGUGGACAAACCAGCGUUAUGAACAUGUUAUGAAGCUGCGUCAGGUCGCACUGGAGUCCGCUCGAGAGAUGUGGGCAGACUAUUUCUUGUUGGUGGACUGUGAUAACCUCAUCACUAAUCCUGAUGUAUUGUGGAAACUCAUGAAAGAGAAUAAAACCAUAGUUGCUCCGAUGCUCGAGUCUCGUGCUGCUUAUUCAAACUUCUGGUGUGGCAUGACCUCACAGGGUUAUUAUAAGCGUACGCCGGCCUACCUGCCAAUGAGGAAGCAGAUACGAAAGGGUUGUUUUGCUGUGCCAAUGGUUCACUCCACGUUUCUAAUAGACUUGAGGAAAGAAGCAUCCAGACAGCUGGCUUUUCAUCCACCACACCCAGAAUACAGCUGGGCUUUUGAUGACAUAAUUGUGUUUGCCUAUUCAGCUCGGAUGGCAGAUGUUCAAAUGUUUGUAUGUAACAAAGAAACAUAUGGUUACUUCCCUGUGCCUUUGCGAUCCCAUAAUACUCUGCUAGAUGAGGCUGACAGUUUCUUGCAUACCCUUCUUGAAGUUAAUGUGCGCCACCCUCCUGUGAUGCGGACUAAGUACUUACCAGCUCCUGUUAAACGACCCGACAAAAUGGGUUUUGAUGAGGUUUUUAUGAUAAAUUUAAAGAGACGUACAGAUCGCAGAGAUCGCAUGUUAAGGACAUUGCACCAACAAGAGAUCGACUGUAAAAUCAUUGCAGCUGUUGAUGGAAAAGCAAUGAAUACAAGUGAAGUCCAUGCUCUGGGGAUCCAUAUGCUGCCUGGAUACAGUGACCCCUAUCAUGGCCGCCCCCUGACCAAGGGGGAGCUUGGAUGCUUCCUCUCUCACUACAACAUCUGGAAGGAGAUUGUGGAACGGGGUCUUCAGACUUCUCUGGUGAUAGAGGAUGACCUGCGUUUUGAGGUGUUUUUUAAAAGACGCCUUAUGAACCUAAUGAGUGAAGUGGAGAAGGAAGGCUUGGACUGGGACCUCAUUUACAUUGGCAGGAAGAGGAUGCAAAUUGAUCACAGAGAGAAAGCAGUGCCUAAUAUACACAACUUGGUGGAGGCGGACUACUCUUAUUGGACGCUGGGUUAUAUGAUGUCCUUACAAGGAGCUCAGAAGCUUUUAAGAGCUGAACCACUAUCAAAGGUUUUACCAGUUGACGAGUUUCUACCAAUCAUGUAUAACAAACAUCCUGUGUCUGACUACAUGGAGCAGUUUGAGAACAGAGACCUGAAGGCGUUUUCCGCAGAGCCUCUUCUAGUGUAUCCAACGCACUAUACUGGUGAGGAUGGCUAUGUUAGUGACACAGAGACCUCCACUGUUUGGGACAAUGACAAAGUGCCAACAGACUGGGACAGGGCUCGUGCAGGAAAGACUGGGGAGCAGCAGGAAAUCAGCACAGAAGCCCAAAACUCAGAUGUGCUCCAGUCUUCUCUCGACAGCACAGCCCGGGAUGAACUAUGAAAGCAUGUGAAAUGUAUAAAUAUGCAGAAGCAAGGCACAUUUAGUUUGUGUACCUUUUUCAUGUGAGGUCUGAGGUUUUUAAAAAUGUGACUUUUUCCAUGUUUAUUUCAUUUUGUAAACAAAAGAGAAGGUACUAGACUUGUCAUUUGAAAUGGCAUUUGCAGUGCCCACCUAUAUCUGUCAUACAGAAGUAGUCUUUUUUUAUUAUCAUGAUUGCUUUGCAUUUCAGUUUAUAUGAUUAACACUCCACUGGAAUGCUAUUUAUUUGGUUUACAACUGACUUUAUGUAGGCAUGUCUGUCUUGAAUAAAUCCAUAACAAAUUUA